UCGUUCGUUUUGACGUCGUGGACGACGUAUAGACCCACGUAGAGGCGCGUCUCGUUGCGCUCGCUCGUACAGACACCCCCAACAAAAUCUUCACGUCGCCGCGACCUCAAAUAACCUUUCGCGAUGGUGAUCUUCGGUUCUCCGACCACAAUCGUGAGCGAGCUCGUGAAGGAGGCUCUCCUGCGCUGCUUUUGCAACACGUGCAGGAGCGCACCCACCCUCGACCGCAACAAGAGUCAGCCUAUGAUUCUGAAGCCUCUGGUGAGGACGCGGCCUCCUCGCCGGACUGGCAUGCUCAUGGCGACGGAGGUGCGCUGCAAAGAGCAGAGCAAGGGUGGCCUCAAGUACGAGCUGGUGCUGGCCGACCCCUGCAUGGACUCACCACUGCGCAAGCCCAGCACUAGUCCGCCCAAGAGCAUCUCUGCCGAGGACAUCGAAAAGAAGCUCAAGGAGGCCGAGGAGAGGCGCCUGUCCUUGGAGGCAAUGAAGCUGAACCAGCUGAAUGAGAAGCUGAGCCGGCUGGCCGAGGUGAACCAGAAGAAGGAAGGCCUCACCGAGGAGUUCCAGGAGAGCACCCGGCAAAACUACGAGAAGAAGAUUGAGGCCUUCAAGGAGAAUCGUGAGGCACACAUCAAGUCCAUCCAGGAGAAGCAGCGCGAGCACGUGAGCCGAGUGGAGGAGGUGCGCAAGUCGCUGGAUGCGCAGACGCAGGAGAUGCUGGCCAGCAUCCAGAAGAAGAUUGAGAAUGCCAACGAGGCACGCGAGGCUCAGAUUGCAGCACUCCAGGAGCGCCUGAGGAACCACGACAAGCACAUCGCGGAUGUGCGAAAGCAGCUGGAGGACCUGGUGGACGAGAAACGGGAGAAGAUCCAGAAGAAGCUUGACACUGCCCAGGAGAACCGCGCGGCCAUCUACCGCGAGCUGCAGACGAAGCUUCAGGAAAAGGAGAAGCAUGCCGAGGAGGUGCGCCAGAACAAGAACCAGACCGCGGAGUCUCCCACCCGGGAAGGCGCCCUCGAGACUGCCGUGUCUGGCUAGAUCCCCCCCCCCCCCCCAAAGGCUACUCUUAUUUAGAGCCCGGUUUCUCACCGUUCAUUCUUCGUUUUCCCGUUAAAUUAAGUUGGACGUUUGUAGUUUGGUCUUACGAGAGCUCUCCCCGUUUAAGCACGACCAUAUGCGUGUAAGCAAACGCUUCAAACCAAUGAUUUUUUUGCCCCUCGCAGCAUGGGCAUUGUGUCCUUCCCAUGCAUUUUCGUCUCUUGCGUCUUUUUAACGAGGGUUGUGCCUACAUGCGAGCGUUUUAGAUAAUUGCUGCACAGUCCGGGCCCGAGGACUUGCCCGAGCCUGUUGUCACUGCCUUACCUGUUUUUGUCGCCUCAUUUAUACGCCAAGCGCUGCAGAUAUAGGCGCGAGAUGUACUCGUAAUAUUAUAACCCUUUCUUGUGCAGUCAUUCCUUUUUAUUAGUUUGUUUUUGCUUUUCUUGAGCACAAAGUUGUAAACAAAAACUUUCAAAGGACAUAGUGCGCGUUUCUUUCUAAUGAUGAGCGUUUUCGAUGGGUUUCUUGUCGUUUUUCGAGAGGUGCCGGUCGCGGUACAGUUUUAACGAUUGCCAGGCUUGGAAAAGGAAUUGCUGCGUGUGUGCAGGAUAAGCGUGUUUCCAAGCUUGAAUCUGAGCUUUUCUUCAGAUAGCCGCCGGUAUGUGAUCUGUCUGGCAGGGUGUUUAUAGAACAAAAAAAAAAGCAAAAAAAAGUGCCCGCAACAUAUUUUGCAAGCUUUGUAACCAGACUUUAUUCUCCCGUGUGUUUGGCCUUGCACUGAUUUCGACGUAUCCUCCCAUCUCUCUGUGAAAGCCUUGCGUGCCAUAUGCUAUCUCGUAGCCUGCCUUGUUGCCUUACGUACCGUAAACUGGACCAAACGUGCUUUUUCUCUUGGCUGGGUCUUGGCCGACGCAUUUUUGCGAAAGACACUAUGCCUUUUAAGUUCCAGUUGCUUCCAUGAGUUUGCUACACUGCUCGUCGUCAAAGCUGUGGAGAAUGGAACGUGAUCAAAAAAAAACAAGCCCCCUUCCAAGGUUCUGGCCAGGUUAUCCAGACAUGGUGUGUGAGAGUACGGAAAAUGGUGCAUGGGGUAGAUGUAAACAUAUAGCGUAGCAUCUGUCUCUCUAGUUAACAUUACGGAGGGACGUACUACUAUUUGACUGAUGUAAAAUAUACUUUUUAUUAGCCAUAUAUCCAAGGAGUUGUAGGGUGCCUCCCAUAUCUUUCCGGGGCAGCUGUAUUUUUCUGGCUCUCCUUUACGACAAGAGCUUGCGAAUCCACGUAAACUUCUAGCAGAUCUAAGGUUUUAGAGUAAUAUUUGCUCAGGGUGUCUCGAUGAAACGACUUUGACUCUGCCUAACUAUCGCAGAAGUAUUUAGACGUUCGGGUGUUGAGCAAACAGUCGACUCUUCGCUCGGAUGUCACGCAAAUGAUGUUGUAAAGAUGUGCGAAUGUGUCCCGUGUCGGUAACUUCAAGGGGGAAAAAAAAAUGUGGAACAACUUUCCUUUUCUGAAAUGGGUGUCGUGCGUGGUCAUUUCUACGGAGGCUGUAAAAAAAAAACUGCCUUGUGAUAACUGGUGUUCCCUAGUGAACAGCGGUGUUUGUCCCUGCGUGUGUAAACUGCUGUAGCUGUCGUAUCUAUCUCAACGAAGAUCGGUUUAUCCCUUCAUUUUUCAUUUCGAAUUUUGUUCUGUGUGAAGCAAAGCCCCGUAUGCGAAGGUGUGUCAAUGUCACAUGCCUCUCUCUCCUUCCCUUCACCUGCCCUGUGAAGUCGAUUAGUCAUUUUUCGCUCACUGUCUUCGCGACUUGGCACUUGUGUAUUACUUUUGUAAGUUAUGAUCAAUAAAUCGAUAUGUUCGAU